AUGACUCAACGUCGACAAAGAAAACGACAGCGGAAGGAAGAGAUCGCCGUUGUUGCAGUGCAUCAGAGGCUCUUUGCCCGGCCAUUUCCAGACGGUUUGCCCCCUGCGAAACCCGUCCCCCCUGGGUUUGAUGAAAUCCACGUUGAAGGAUCUAAGUUGCCGAGCCAAGUUCAGGCCGAGAAUGCAGUCCAGCCUUCACGUUGA